AUGCCAAAACAGGCAGACUACGGAUACCUCUAUCGCCACCUGAUCAGGCAAGCGCACAAUCGCAAGUACCUGCCAAAAGCAGAGAUAAAACGAAGGGCAAGGAGAAAGAGCCCGAUAAGACUGUGUCGAAAAAUCAAUGGCACCGUGGUCAGUGUUCAGUCCAGCACCGACUGCCUUAUUUUUCGCACUUGGCAAGCCCGAGAGGACUCGGUUGAACGUCUCAACACCGCCAUGUCAAUGGGCCAUUACAAAGCAGUCGACUUGGCUCGACAUAUUUCUUCAACGCUGGAAACAGAGCAGGUGCCAGAUGACGCCCCAGAACUCUUUCACAUCUGGGACAUUAGCCAGUCCCCAUCCAAUGAUCCCGUGCUAAGGCCCUUCGACACAUGCCUCCCGAACGCUGUGCAGAGAAGGCUCGUGAUGGCUUCUAGCAGACGACUUCAAGCUGCCGCAGGCGUGUUCAACGAAAAUAUCUUCAGGCUGCCUGGUGUUCGGCAACAGGAAAGACUACCUUACCAGAUCAUGGAUAUCGAGCCCCCAGCACCACGGUGCAGCGCACUGGACGCAGAGACGAGUUUCCGUGGACUCUUUGAGAGGUCCAAUGCGUCUGGAUACCGAAUGAUGACCCUGGCCUCGAUUCACUUUCAGGUGCCCUAUUCAACAUUACCGUUUCCUCUGGAAUGUCACCAUCCUCAGCGCGAGCUGCCACUUCAGACCGGGGCACAUCUGCGUGCAACAAAGGAGGGAUCGAUCACGGUAUUCGAGCUGAAUAUAGAUGCUUGCGUUUGGUUCGUCUUCGAGAUGAAUCUACCCCUCGCGGAGGUCGAGGGCCAUUGUCCCCCCGAACUGGAGCCGAUGCCAAUGUCAUGUCUCCGGCUCGCGGUUCCUAAAGACAAGGUCACGACCCGCACUACUCCUGCUCCCCCGACACCCGACAUAGAGCCACAGCGAGCCAGGCAAAGGUUGGAACUCUGCCGGGAUAGUAUCCCGCUGUUCGUGACGGGGAGCAAGAACCUCUACAUCCCGAGUGAACACCAUGGUGUGGAGGACUUCUUCCAGGCGACCAAGGUGACGGGCAUGGCGUGCAGGUGGCGCGACAAGAAGACGAAGAAAUGGGCCAAGCGUCGGGAGAAGUUUGCGUUCUGGAAGGACUUCCAACGGGCGGCGCAACUGGACAAGACCCAAUGGACUCUUGUACAGGAGGCCAUGGCGCGAGGGCAGUGCGUUGUCGAUAUGGACAUCCUCGAGCCUUGGAGAGAUGUACCGCGCACUAAGACGGCGCCUACGGACCCCUUAUCGAGAAACUCACAUCAGGCCACACCUCUCAGCCCCAAAGGCCACCCUGAAGAAACCCCGGAUCAGCGUCGGAAGCAGCAGAGGUCGUCUGGUCUCCGAAACGAAGUCAAGUUUUGA